AUGAUGACGGGAACGAUAGGUGGGCCGACUCUUCAUGAGUUUUCGACUGAGGGUUGCGCCGCGAUAAGGUCUGCCAGCGAUGACGGUCCUGCGCUACUCUCUGCGGAGCGUCUCGUAAGCUUUGCUCCAUCACUGUGCGUGCGGGAGGAGGAGAUUACACUGCUUCGAGCCCUCAAGGCACUGGACACGGAGCAGAAGGGCUACCUGGAAGAGGCUCAGCUCCGCUCUGCCAUGAUGAGUGGUGACGAAUGUCUUUCGGCUGAGGAAGUGGACGAUAUGUGGAUGGCCAUGCGAGACCCAGGAACAAAUCGAGCAUACUACUGUGACUUUGCUGAGAUACUAGCCAGAGAGUGA